UACGUGCUGCGAUGCAAUUAGGGCCGGCGAUCAAUUAGAAGGCAGUGCACGUGGCCCGCGAGAGGCGGCCAUGGUGGUCCAGCGCACAGGGCAGGCGUGGCCGCCGUUUGUCAUCUUUAUUGCCUGUGCAGUCAGGCAGCGACUCACUACCGUCGGGGUCACGCCCAGGUCAGGGGUCGGCCUAAUUGACUCGCUCGCAUCCACAAACACACGUGGUGCUUGCUGCGGAGGGUGCAAAAGGAACAGGGUGCAGGUCUUGCGCGUGGCGGCUGCGGCGGCCGCGGCUGCUGCCGCCGAGUCCCGCCUCGGGGAGGGGACUGAGGGGUGGAGUGGCGCGGCCGCUAGUCCUGCUGCUCGGCUUGAGUCAAGUCAGUCAGUCAGUCAGUGGGAUAGACAGAGUGAUCGGCGAAGAUCGGCACCGGCACAGCAUCCCGCAAUCUCUGCAGUGUUGAUUAUCCUCUCGUGCGCCGUGGAUUUUUCCUGAAUUAGUGAAAUCAGUGCUUGAGUGUCCGACUUUAGUGUGAGUCCAAAGCGUCCGACAGCGUCCGAGGCCACCGCGAUGACGGCGAGCAGCACCUGACCCCGCCGGACUUCCUCAUUUCACUCGCAGCUUGGGUUUCGGAUCACAAUUUCUAGGAGCGCUGGGUGAUGGUGGAGCAAUGAUCUGGAGGUGGCGCCGCCCCUUGCCUCCGGAGGCAGUCGCCGCCCCACGACUAUGCGAAUAGUCCUGCUGCUCGCGGUGCUGUUCGUGGCCGCCUGGCUGUCCGAGGCCAUGGCCGCUGGCCUGCCCGCCAACUCGACGCUGAUGCUGCAAAACCACAGGGGGCACCGCUCACCCAGAUCACCAAAGGCGCACUUGAUGAUCACUGACGACAAUUGGGACCCGUACACGUUCAUCCCGGUGAAGGAGGUGCAGGCCCUUCUGAUGCGCAACGGCACACAAGAUUGUUGUCCCGCAUUUGAAAACCAUACCUACAUCCAAGUGGGUAAAAACAGAGACGGCAACACAGUCAAUAUAGCCAAAUUAGAGGUACCUCAGUUUUUUGUCGAGUUCAUAUGCAAGCCCCAAGUGGUGAACAAGCCGUGCCGCCUUGCCGACCGAAAGCUGAUCAACCAAACCAGGUGUGUGCAGCAAUACUCGUACUCUUACGCGGCAGUGGGCAACGGGACGGAAAUUGAGCACAUUGAAGUGAGGGCGGGCUGCGCGUGCAAGGUGUUCCCCAAGGAGUCCGAGGACACCAAGAAGGGGCACAAGUUGCGCCACCAACACAGGGGCCAACAGAGGCACAAGAAAUCCGACUGAUCCUGUACAUAAGUAUUCUAUAGCGUACUACUUUUAAUUAAUGUAAUAAUUAAUUAUGAAACCCACACACAAAAUAACUAUGUAAUUAUUGUGCUCGCACAGAUCGUGCUCUGCUUCUCUCUAAUACUCUUGUCGUCGUCGUUGUUGCUCUUGUUGAAAAUGAAAAAAAAAAUGUUUUUUUUUCUUCUAAAAUCUUAUACAAGCGUCAAAAUUGUUUUGUCAAUACUCUGAGCAAAUAAACACGUAUCGCUUAAUUACCGCUCACCCUCUUACACAUUUUUAAAAAAUACUGGCGACUUUUAUUUAAUGAUUUCCUUUGAUAAACUUAUAAUUUUAUAUUCGAUGGAUUGUCAGAUUUUAGAGAGUGAAUUAUUUUUUCAAUUAAAACAACUAAAUAUUUUGUUUUUGUACAAAAAAAAAUUUAUAAUUAUAAUUAACAAUAUCCAGUUUAAUUUGAGAUAUUGUCAUGCUUGGUGACCUUAACAAUGUUAACCUGUAUAUGAAGGCAAGGUUUGUCAGCAGCAUUAAAUAGAGCUGAAAAUUGCCAGGUUCCUCCG